AUGAUUGCUUGGACGAGGCACCACCACGCGCGUUGUGCAAGCCUUCUUCGGUACGGAGGGGAGGUGGUGCACUUUUCUGCGGAUGCACAGAGCGGGCUGGUUCGUCUCGUCGCAUGCCUAUGCGACAGCACUGCAGCCGCCUCGAGUGGCGCCGGUGUUGCUGCAGUGAGGGACGAAGAAAAGAAGCUGUGGAGUCAAGAAGCGUGCCGCGCGCAAUGUGUGCCCUUCUCCUCUAAACAAGUAUUCGUUUCUGCGGCUCCUUUGAGUGCAGAUACGAUACAGGACGAGGAAGUCCUGGAAGCGACAGCGGCAUGCAUUUUUCCAUGCUACAUCUCGUGUGGCUGUCCAGUAGUUGUGCAGGUGUCGCCUGGACACCACAACUCAAACCCCUCUGAGGCCGAUGCGAAGUCAGUGAGUUGCGCACCACCUUCGGUGCAGGUGAGGCGCCUCUAUGUGCACACUCCUGCUAGGAGCAAACAAGGUACCCACGAUGCCCACACGGCUUCCUACUACGCGCGCCUACCAGAUGCCAGUUUUCAGUGUUGGCAGGAACACAGCAAAGUCGUCGACGGUAUCCUGGACGCGUGCAAAGGACAACCUGACUCACGCUUUCACAAGCGUUUUAUGGGACUAUCCAGCUUUGACGUUGAGGUGUUGGAGUUGCUGAACCUGACCAAGACUCUCGGGUGUGCCACCGGUGACAGCGGCACCGCUUCUGUGGACUCUGCACGCAACACGUGUGGUGAGGUAGCACUUUAG